AUGAGACCCCUUUCAUCCAUGUUAACAAUACAGCAACUCGUGUUGUUGAGUGCAAUCUCCUAUGGAAUCGCCACUGCCAACCCCUUGUACGGUCAGGGUGAGAGCCCCGAAUUUACGGUAGGGACUUUGACUGGCACAUAUACCGGUCUCCAGAAUCCGGAUUUCCCUGGAGUUAGGGAAUUCCGAAGCAUCCCGUAUGCCGAACCUCCGGUUGGAAAGCUCCGAUGGAAACCGCCGGUGUCUCUUCAACCUUCUAAGGAUCAUCAUUACUCCCACAGAUUUCCUCCUUCAUGUCCUCAAUAUCUUACAUCCAAAUUAUCGCUAUGGAAUUCCAAUAUCACAGCAUUCUCUAUCAACACUGGGGACCAAAGUCAUCAUGCAGGAGAAAUGGCACAGACAACUGCAGAAGAUUGCCUAAGCUUGGCAAUCUGGACCCCUAUUGGCGCUACUCCGCGGGACAAGCUCCCUGUUGGCUUUUUCAUGCCAGGCGGUAGUUUUAAGGGUGGUGGCCUAGAUGCCCCCCACCACAUACCAGCAGGAUGGGUUAACCGCAGUCAGAAUCAUAUCAUGGUAACGAUGAAUUAUAGAGUCAACAUCUUCGGGUUUCCGAAUGCGGUCGGAUUAGAGGACCAGAAUAUCGGAAUUCUAGAUCAAAGGCUUGCGCUUGAAUGGGUGCAUGCGAACAUUGAAGCUUUCGGGGGCGAUCCCGACCGAAUAACUUUAUGGGGCCAUUCAGCCGGUGGAGUGUCCGCGGAUGUUCUUAACUUUGCUAAUCAUGAGAAUCCGCUGGCUGCCGGUUUUUUUCUCAUGUCGGGAGCGGCUAUGCGAACAUUCGCGCAAGGCGACAACGCGUUACAGACAAAUUUCACACAUGUUGCCAAGGAACUCGGAUGUGACUUCCCGGACGACGCGGAUGCCGAACUUGAAUGCAUGCAACAAAUCCCAGUAAAUUUGAUCACAAAUUUUAUCGGCCAUUACGGGGAUGAUGGGAAGAAACCUCGGUUGCUGUUUCGACCAACGGCGGACGACAAGAUCAUAUUCAAGAACUACACGGAGCAGGCAGAAAUGGGCCUGAUAUCCAGGGUGCCAGCUCUUAUAAGCGAUACUUCUAACGAACAAUCAAGUCUCAUCACGUAUCCAAUCGAUAACUUACUAGGGGGGCCUAAUACGACCGAUGUUGAUAAAGGAACGUUAGACGACUUCAUAUGCCCGGCAUUUAACUCAUCGAAUGUUAGAGAUUUCAAUAAUCUCACUACUUAUCGGUAUCAGUAUGCAGGAAACUACUCGAACUUAACUCCCUUCUCGUGGAUGGGAGCCUACCAUGGGGCUGAUCUGCCAAUGAUUUUUGGAAGUUAUAAUCUCACAGGAGAUGCUACAGACUUCCAGAAGAAAGUAGCAGAAGCCAUGCAGGAUUAUGUGUUAGCCUUUUUAACAGACCCAGAAAAUGGAAUAAAGAAUUUGGGCUGGCUACCGAGUAACGCAGCUUCAAAGGGGGAUAUGGUGCGUUUUGGUGGGGGCGAAUCUAUAGUUCAAAACAUCAGUUCGUUAGACAUAGAUGGCGCAUGUAUGGGCAAAGGGGUAUAUGAUUCACAUCCAGAGAGAUGA